CUUCGGUGGCCAGUGGAGGGGACAGGAGUGGGGGAGAAGGAGGAAGGGGUUCCAGGUGCAGAGGCCCAGACGUGAGGGAGCAGAGCCUGCCGGGGGAGCUGCAGGCAGAGGUGUGCAACGGUCUGACUUGUGGCUGCUGAGCGGAGAGGAACAGUCACUCGUCCGGGGGUCGACGGCCUGGCCGUUGGGAGCGCGCGGCCGAGCAGGAUGGACAGAAGUGGACGCCUAGACUCGGGAGCAGGAAACCACAAAGCCCGCGGACGGGUGGCUGGGCGGAGCGGCGGCCCGCACGGAAGAGGAAGACCCGGCCCGUGACGCUUCGGCAGCGGCAGGUGCAGGUCUGGGCGGCGCCUCCGCCGGGCCCGCCCCUGGCCACCUACGCUCGGCAAAGCCCCCGGGCCCACCCUCCGGAGCCCUUGGGGCAGGGAAGGAGAGGAACCGGAGAGCUAGGCUGACGCUGGAGCGGGCCUGCCCGGCGGAGUACGCACCUCCUUGGCGAUCACCGCUACGCAAACCGCCAUCUUGGGAGCCCGACAGGCCGCAUCACGUGACGACGACGACGGGCCCCGCUUCUCCUGUCACUCAGCCGGCAUGGCCCCGCCCCAUCGCCAAGCCGGAAGGGUCGCCCGCUUCGCCGGGCCGUUCCCGCCGCUCCGGGGCUCGGUGGCGCUCGGCGUGGUUGCCAUGGCGGCGGUUGCUGCGGCGACGAGGUGGCGGCUGCUUCUGGUGCUGAGCGCCGCGGGGCUGGGGGUCACAGGCGCCCCGCAGCCCCCCAACAUCCUGCUCCUGCUCAUGGACGACAUGGGGUGGGGCGACCUCGGGGUGUACGGAGAACCUUCCAGAGAGACCCCGAAUUUGGACCGGAUGGCUGCAGAAGGGAUGCUCUUCCCGAACUUCUACACGGCCAACCCCCUGUGCUCCCCUUCCAGGGCGGCUCUGCUCACCGGACGCCUGCCCAUCCGCAGUGGCUUCUACACCACCAACGGGCACGCGAGGAAUGCCUACACGCCACAGGAGAUAGUGGGCGGCAUCCCGGACUCAGAGCUCCUGCUGCCGGAGCUGCUGAAGGAGGCCGGCUACACCAGCAAGAUCGUGGGCAAGUGGCAUCUGGGCCACAGGCCUCAGUUCCACCCCCUGAAGCACGGAUUCGAUGAGUGGUUUGGAUCCCCCAACUGUCACUUUGGACCUUAUGACAACAAGGCCAGGCCCAACAUCCCUGUGUACCGGGACUGGGAGAUGGUUGGCAGAUUUUAUGAGGAAUUUCCAAUUAACCUGAAGACCGGAGAAGCCAACCUCACCCAGAUCUACCUGCAGGAAGCACUCGAUUUCAUUAAGAGGCAGCAGGCAGCUCACCGCCCCUUCUUUCUACACUGGGCCAUCGACGCUACACACGCACCUGUUUAUGCCUCCAGGCCUUUCCUGGGCACCAGCCAGCGAGGGCGUUACGGGGACGCCGUCCGGGAGAUUGACGACAGCGUCGGGAAGAUCCUGCACCUCCUCCGGGACCUGAGCAUCGCAGAGAACACCUUUGUUUUCUUCACGUCCGACAACGGCGCUGCCCUCAUUUCCGCGCCCAGACAAGGCGGCAGCAACGGCCCUUUUCUGUGCGGGAAGCAGACCACGUUUGAAGGUGGGAUGAGGGAGCCUGCGAUCGCCUGGUGGCCCGGGCACAUCCCUGCCAGCCAGGUGAGCCACCAGCUGGGCAGCAUCAUGGACCUCUUCACCACCAGCCUGUCCCUCGCAGGCCUGGAGCCACCCAGGGACAGGGCCAUCGACGGCCUGGACCUCCUCCCCACCAUGCUCCAGGGCCGCCUGACAGACAGGCCGGUAUUCUACUACCGUGGCAACACGCUGAUGGCGGUCACCCGUGGCCAGUACAAGGCCCACUUCUGGACCUGGACCAAUUCCUGGGAGGAGUUCAGGCAGCUUGGAUUGCAGCCGCUGACUCAGGGGUCUACAGCUCAGGGCAGACGAUGGAUUUAUCUCGCUCCUCACUUCCCUGCUCUACUGAGAAGCAGGGUAUUCACUGCUCCACUGCCGGGCUGUCCAGGACAGACCCGCGGGUGCUGGGAGGAUUGCCGUCAGGCCGCACCGCUGCCUGCAGGAGAGGCAGGAGGGCGUGGAUUUCUGCCCCGGGCAGAACGUGUCGGGGGUCACCACCCACUCGCAGGAGGAGCACACCAAGCUGCCGCUGGUCUUCCACCUGGGACGAGACCCCGGGGAGAGGUUCCCCCUCAGCAUUGCCAGCACCGAGUACCUGGACGCACUUCGCCAGAUCACCCCGGUUGUCCGGCAGCACCAGGAGGCCUUGGUCCCUGGACAGCCCCAGCUCAAUGUGUGCAACCGGGCGGUCAUGAACUGGGCGCCCCCGGGCUGCGAGAAGUUAGGGAAGUGCCUGAUGCCCCCGGAGUCUGUCCCAGAGAAGUGCUCCUGGCCCCACUAGCACCGGCUUGGGCUCAGGACAGGCCUGGGCGUAGGAAGGCUCUGGCCUCAGGGCUCCUGUGCUGGAAGAGCCCCAACUCCCUCUGCCCUGACGGCUGCCAGACGGACGGCACCUGUAGCCAGCAGCAGGACCUGCAAGAGUACGCCUGCUGCAGCCCGGCCCUGGAGCCAGCUCCCAGCCCGCCGGGCCUGCCUGGCUCUGCAGCCGCAGGCUCACGCCAGCCCCUGAACCGGAGGCUGCCUGCCUCAUGUCCGCCCGCUCUGCUCCAGCUGCCUUCCAGCUGCCUCUUCCAGGGCCUGAGCUCUGCCCCAGGACCCAGAGGCCGGACUCGCCGUGGCUGCCCCUGCAGUCCCCUCAGGACUUCAACCCUGGUGUCAAGGGCGGCCGUGCCAAUCCUGUGUUGCCCCUUGGCGCUGCGCACAGGGGAUACCCCAGCGCCCCUCCCCCGCGUACUUCCCCCACCAUGGUCGAGGGGUGUGAACAUGAAGGGGGAGAUGGCCAAGGGCCUCCCUGUCCCGGAGGAGCCUCGACAGCCAAGGCCUCCCCAGUCCAGCGCGGACAGCUGAAGCCACCAGCUUCCCUGGAGAUGAGGACUCCCAACCCCAGCACACUGUGGGGCCUGCCUGUGCUUCAGCACUCCCGUCCUCGGGCCCAGGGUGGCAACGCCUGAGGGUGAGCCCAUUCACCAGCGGAAUCAGGAGAGCCUGAGCAGGACUGUGAACGGCCUCCAGGGACUUCCCCUUAGGGCUCGUGGGUCGUUUCCAUGGUGUGGAGUUUCCACUCUGCAGACUAUCACACCAACUCUGUACUGUUGUAAAACUUGGGAAAUUAUGAAGAGAACAGGUUUAGAAUAAAGUAACGGGCAUUUUAGCCUUUUGUUUUUA